GUUCCUGAGUCCUGUUUAACGUUGACUAGUGAAACCUUAAAGUGAAGAUGGGUCUGUGUGUAUUAUACCUUCUACUGGCGGCGUCCCUGGCUAAGGUACAAUGCCAAGUUUACGACGAUCACCGGUACGUCCCUGUGACGAUCAUUACCCAAACCGUUUACGAGACCGUUACGAAGACCCACACGCUGAGGGAGACUUCCACUUCUGAUGUGUGGAUCACUGACCAGACCACCGUAGUGCUCCCUGUCACCCAGUACACUACCGACUGGGACUUUGUGUCAUCAGACCCCAACACCCGGACCUCUGUAGUGAGGGUCACCUCCACCCCGGUCGACAUUGUGACAGCGACGGUAGCAGUAGUUCCCGUCAGGACCCACGUGUCUGUGUACACCAGCUUCCACACCACCACUACCAUCCUUGAGUACUGGCAGAGCAUCACCCACGUCUCCCUCGAACACCUGGUGGUGACCGUGGCGGAUUACUCCACACAAGAGCUGGUGCAGGAGAUCAUCUCUACCACCACAGAGUUCGUCACCAGCACCACCACGUCUACCACCUUCGGGUAUCACUAAUCUUAUCACUUGCCUAUUAUCCUUGAUCACUACCUUCGGCUCUUAUCUUGUCACUUGUAUAUUAUCCUUAAUAAAUGUGUAAAUUGA